AGUGGUGAAACUGCAGCAGAGUCUUCACAAACAAGAGGAAGACUAAAGAUGUUCCAGAACCUGGUUCAAGUAAAGAAGGGACAUCAGAGUGAUGGUGACAAUGUGGAGAGCACAACCAACAACUAUUGUUUGGCAGAAGUUGUAAGAAACAACAACAUGGUGCUGACCUGCAUCAGCAGGGGCAGRAGGACAGAGAUGAGUUCCUUGAAAACUACACAGUCACCACAGCAGCUGCUUCAACUAAACACUAGGGAUCUCCACGGAGAUGCAGUGGAUGAUGGCAUGUGGAAGUCAAAGCCAUCUGACUGUUCACAGGCCUGGUCUCCAUCCUGCCAUACCUGCCAGAACCCCCCACCUGAGAUGUGGGCCUGCAGUGGCAGCUUGUCUCUGCCUCAAAGCACAGAUUGGGAUCAUUUUGAGAAGCUGAAACAGGAAGUGGACAGCAAAAAGUCAGACUUGCCUGUGCCACAGAUGGCUCAGUCCAUCACUGAUCUGCACCAAAAACAAAAAGCA